AUGGUCGAUUAUUUAGGGAUUAUCGCAAUAAUAUUUUUUUAUAUUUUAAUUUUGGUUGUUGGAAUAUGGGCAGGACGAAAAGCAAAAAGCGUUAAUUUAAUGGAUGGUGAGCAAACUGAAGAAGUUAUGUUAGCAGGUCGAAAUAUUGGCACCAUUGUUGGUACUUUUACAAUGACAGCAACAUGGGUUGGUGGUGCAUAUAUAAAUGGUACAGCUGAAGCGCUAUAUAAGGGUGGCUUAGUAGGAUGUCAAGCACCAAUCGGUUAUGCAUUGUCUUUGGUUGUAGGGGGAAUAUUAUUUGCUAAACGAAUGCGCGAGCAAGGAUAUAUUACUAUGCUUGAUCCAUUUCAAUUAAAAUAUGGCCAAAGAGUUGGUGGUUUAUUGUUUUUCCCUGCAUUACUUGGUGAAGUAUUUUGGACGGCAGCUAUAUUAUCAGCACUAGGCGCAACAUUAUCAGUUAUACUCGCUAUUAAUAUGACAGCAUCGGUAAUAAUAUCAGCUCUUAUCGCUAUAUUUUAUACUUUUACUGGCGGACUUUAUGCGGUCGCAUAUACUGAUGUUGUUCAACUCUUUUGUAUAUUCGUCGGCCUGUGGGUUUGCGUGCCUGCGGCACUUUUGCAAAAUAAAACUGAAGAUCUUUCACGGAAUGCAGCCGACUGGAUUGGUACCAUUGGUGGAUUUAAAGAAACCACAUCUUGGAUUGAUGCUAUGCUUUUAUUAAUUUUUGGUGGUAUUCCAUGGCAGGUAUAUUUUCAACGAGUCUUGUCAACAAAAACAUCAUCAGGUGCACAAAAAUUGUCAUUCAUUGCUGGCAUUGGAUGUAUUAUAAUGGCAAUACCUCCAGCAUUAAUUGGUGCUAUCGCUAGAAAUACGGAUUGGCGAUUAACCGAAUAUGAUCCAUGGAAAAAUGGGACAAAGAGUGCAUCGAUACCUGAUGAUCAAACCAACAUGGUUGUUCCGCUUGUUUUUCAAUAUCUCACCCCAAAAUGGGUGGCAUUCAUCGGCCUCGGUGCAGUCUCUGCAGCAGUAAUGUCGUCAGCGGAUUCCUCCGUACUUUCUGCAGCGUCUAUGUUCGCACAUAACAUUUGGAAACUAACCAUACGACCAGAUGCUUGCGAACGUGAGGUUAUAAUUGUGAUGCGAAUGGCUAUAAUAGCAGUUGGUUGUUUAGCGACAGCCAUGGCACUAACUAUAAACAGUAUUUACGGGCUAUGGUACCUAUGUGCUGAUCUCGUUUACGUUAUAUUAUUUCCACAACUUGUCUGCGUUGUUUACUAUAAUCGAUCAAACACUUACGGUUGUUUAGCUGGGUAUAUAGUUGGAUUGUUGCUUCGCUUAUCGGGUGGUGAACCACUUCUUUCUUUUCCUGCUACUAUUCACUUUCCAAUGUACGAGGAAAUGUCGAAUGCGGAUGGAACAAUUACGGGAACGCAGUAUUUUCCAUUCAAAACGGGAGCAAUGCUUGCUUCACUUGUUGCUUCCAUUGGUUUUUCGUAUAUAUCGGAAUAUCUUUUUAAAACAGGCAAAUUAUCAGCAGAUUUGGAUUUCUUGCAUUGUAUUAUAAAUAUACCACCAGAACGAAUUGCUCUUCGAUCAGAUGCAAGUUUUAUUAGCUGUGAAUUAUCAAUUCAAAAAAAGGAAAGUAUAUUUAACGGUAUAUUUGAUGGUUCUUCCACAGCAACCGAACUUAGUGCUUUACAUCCAACUGUUAAAAGGGAUUACUUAACUGUUAAUCGUUCAUAA